AUGAAUCCGUUGGAUCUAGCCACCACAAGCUCACCUCCUCCUGUUGUUAAUGAUCUCUUGGCGAAGCGAAAGAGAGGUCGUCCACGCAAAGAUGAACAAGAAAAUGCUCGUGUGACUCCAAAUCAUGACGUUAAUUUAGUUGGUAAGACGGUCUCUGGUGUGGUCGCAGGAUCUUUCGACGCGGGGUACAUUCUUAACGUCAAAGUUGAUGACAGUGACACUAAACUGAGAGGUUUCGUGUUCGCACGGGGGAAAGUUGUUCCAGUGACUCCAGCAAACGACGUGGCUCCUAACGUUAAAAUGUUCACUAAAGAAGAAAUCAAGAACCAAAGUGAUGAUCAGUCUCUACCUCCUAAUGAUGAACCAGUGAAAGAUGUUGUCACUGAUUUAGAGAUUUCUGAACCUGCUCGAGCUUUGUCUUUAAUGUCCAAGGAGAGCAAUGACGAAGCUACGACUCGUCUGGUGGAGUUUUUUCCAGCUCCAGAGCCGAAGACGAUGGUGACUGAUCAAGAGAAUCUUGCACAGAAAGAGACUGAAGAGCAACAGAAAUCACCUGGUGAGGCUCGUGGGUUUGAUCUUAUGGCGGUGGAGCCGGGUGGUUCAGGAGAGAACGUGCCACAGGGGCUUCAGCUAGAGCUUGGGAACAAGAGUAUAUUGAGUGGAGACAACAACAACAACAAUGGCUCCGAAAUGGAGACAGAUCCUAAAAGCUCUGUGUCCAAUAGUGGUUUGAUAGCAAAGUUGUUUGAAGGAGAAGACAAGAAAGUGGACUGUGCAAUUGUAGAAGAAGCAACUCCAUCAGUUCAGUAG